AUGAAAAGGUGAAACCCACAAAAAUUUUGAUUUCUAAUCGUUCAUUUUAGCAAAAUGAGCACUUGUCCUGGGUUUUAUUUUGAUAUUGGCAAGAAGGCUAGAGAUGUUCUUAACAACGACUAUGUUCAUCCAACACCAAUUCACUUUCACUACCAAAUCAUGGACUGGAAUGUGGACCUCUCUUGUCAAGUAGAAGAAAUUGUACCUGGAUUUAGGAGCCUUUUCAAAUGUUCCAUACCUGAUUCCGGGAAGGUGGAACUGCAACACUUGACUAACUACACAGGGAUUACUGGAUGCAUUGGAUUAAUAGGAAACCUAGAAAGAGGAUAUGAUCCUAUUGUGAAGUUCUCGGGCCUUGUAGGAACAAACAUUCUGUCCCUUGGAGGCAAUGUUGCUUUUGACUUACCUACAAGAACAAUCAACAAGCUGAAUGCUGGCUUAAGCCUCAACACUCCCUUCCUUGUUGCUUCCUUGACCUUGCAUGACAGGUUUGACACUCUGAAAGCCUCCUGUUAUCAUGAAGUGAACCCCCUAACCAAGAGUGCCAUUGCGGCAGAGCUGAAGCAUACCUUGUCAUUGGGGGAGACUGGUCUCACCAUUGGGGCUCAGCAUGCAUUCUUCCCCCAAACGUUGGUAAAAGCUCGACUUGACACAUAUGGCACGGCAGGUGCUCUUAUUCAACAAGGGCUCUGGGAGAGAUGCUUUAUAACUAUGGCUGGAGAAGUGAAAUUUGGGACCACUGAUAAUAAGCUGAUUCCCAAGUUUGGAGUCUCUGUAGCCUUAAAACCUUAGUCAAUGCCAACGAGUUAAGCUUUUGUCUCCAAUUAAGAGGUUGUUGGAUGUAAGGAGACUUUCGAAAGAUGGCUCAAACUGGAUGAAACUUCUCAAUAUUUGCCAUCCAUUUUCUUCAUUAUUCAACAACAGCAUGACUACCACGUCUAGUUCUACCCA